ACAAAAUUUUUCUCUAACAACUACAUCUUUUUCUGAUUUUUAAUCAAAUUCAGGUUGCAGCCAUGUUUAUUCUUUAUGAAAUGGCAUUCAUUGUUAAACAUUUACCAAAAAUAAAGACGUUAACAGUGGCCAAGCGCUGUGUUGACCAAGUGCUCAAGGCUGGAGGCUAUGUCAGCAAAAUUGAGAGUCUUGGACUGCAAGAUUUGCCACAGACCAUGGAGGGCAACUCAAAAGGAAGCUACUUUGUAGUGAGAUUUGUAGCUCCUACCGCUUCACUGGACUCUAUUAAGACAGCUGUAAAACUUGAUGAAGAGCUGCUAAGAAGAUUCUUUGUAGUUAUAACCAAAAACAAGCCAGUUGAGUGCACCCUCCAUGAUGAGCUCAAGCCACCUAUUUACAGGUCUGAGGUUCAGAAAAUGAUCAAGGAAGCUGAUGAGAGGAAACCCAAAGUUCCAUAUCCUGAGAGGAAUGUGGAGCUCCUUUUAUAGUCCAGCAAACCUGGAAUCUCCUGUGACCUAACAAACAUACUUUUUUCCUCAUUGACUUUUGUCUAAUUUUCUAAUGAGGGCUCAAAAACAUUUGUUUUUGAGCCUUCAUUGGGCUCAAAAACAACAACAAUGUCUACAAAACAUUGUAGACCCAAACAAUGUCUACAAAACAAACCCAAACAAUGUCUACAGAACAUUUUUGUAGACAUUGUAUGAUUACAUAGUUUUAAAAGAAAAUGCCUUGUAAAUUUUCAAACUGCAGCAGACAGUGGACAGCAUGUCUAUUUAACUUUGCCGUUUGUAAUUUCUUAUUUUUUUAAAUCAACUCGAUGUCAAAUUGUAAGGUUCAGAAGGAUCAUCUAAAUAUGUUGGCUACUGUCUACUUUUUCCUAAAAAAAUGCAUUUGGGGUUGUUGGAAUAGCAAUACCGUAUGUAAUGUAAUGCAAUUUACUCAUUUAUUAGAUACUACUCAUGCUGAAUCAAGAAGUGAAAACUUGUAAUUUACAUUGGUCAUUGUAUUUUUUUUAAAUAUGUCAGUUUCAUCUGCAAAUUUUCUUCUGUAUAACAUUGUUUUUAAUCAAGCUUACACAAAUUUUUGCUGAUAAAAAUUUCUGGCUGAAAAUUUUUGCUGGAUAUAUGUACCGUAUUCAUUGCAAUGCCUGUAACAUGUUUCUUGAAGGAUGUUAUACGAUACUUGAAAUACAUCAUUGUACUUGGAAAGUCUUUGUAUGUAAGUAAACUUGUGAAGUCA